CGGCAGUUUGGUCGGGGCGCUGUGCAGGCGGCAGGGAGAGUGGAGGAGAGUUUGACAGCGACGGACAAACAAGGACGCGUGGAAGGAGACACACGUUUCCCUUGUUCUCUGUUCCUCUGUCUGCACGGAGCCCUUGUCUUCUCUUGCCUGCCGAAAACUCCCGCCAUAUGGACGCGACACGACUCCAGGCUGAUGUGUGAGUUGGCCUCAGACCCAGUCCACCAUCGACAUGGUAGACAUGGAGAGCCCCUACAGUCCUCCGUCUCCCCUGGAGGACACUGUGCUGAACAGCCCGCUUUACAGGGACUUGGUGGCUGUGGGAGACCUGCAAGACAUUUCAGAGUCCAUCAAUGAAGAAGCACUCAGCAACCUAGACGUGUCUGAAUACCACUCAUCCAGCCUGUGCUCCAGCUCCGAGAGCUCCAUGGUACCAGAUGCUCUGACCCCGGCCUCGAGUCCAUCUUCAGUUGCGUGUGGGGCCGUAACAGGACAGGAGGAGUUCACAUCUGCUUCUCUAAACCUGGAGUGUCGCGUGUGUGCAGACCGAGCCUCAGGAUAUCACUACGGCGUCCACGCCUGUGAGGGUUGCAAGGGCUUCUUCAGGCGCACGAUCCGCCUCAAGCUAGAAUACGACAAGUGUGAACGCCACUGCAAAAUCCAAAAGAAGAACCGAAACAAGUGCCAAUACUGCCGCUUUCAAAAGUGCCUAGCUGUGGGCAUGUCCCACAAUGCCAUCCGCUUUGGCCGGAUGCCCCAGUCCGAGAAACUGAAGCUGAAGGCAGAGAUACUAACUGGGGAGAAGGAAGUGGAAAAUCCUCAGUUAGCUGAUCAGAAAACUCUGGCCAAGCAAAUCUACGAAGCUUAUCUGAAGAACUUCAGCAUGAACAAAUCUAAAGCACGGACCAUCCUGACUGGCAAAACAAACACACCGCCCUUUGUAAUCCAUGACAUGGAGACUCUGCAUCUGGCUGAGCAGACUCUGGUGGCAAAGAUGGUUAGUACUGCAGGUGGACUGCUUGAUAAGGAUGCAGAAGUGCGGAUCUUCCACUGCUGCCAGUACACGUCAGUGGAGACAGUCACAGAGCUCACUGAAUUUGCCAAGUCUGUUCCAGGCUUCUGCAACCUGGACCUGAAUGACCAGGUAACACUGUUAAAGUAUGGUGUGUAUGAGGCACUCUUUGCCAUGCUGGCCUCUUGCAUGAAUAAAGAUGGCUUGCUGGUUGCCUAUGGCAGUGGCUUCAUCACAAGAGAGUUCCUCAAGAGCCUGCGGCGACCCAUUAGUGACAUGAUGGAGCCUAAGUUCCAGUUCGCCAUGAAGUUCAAUGCACUGGGGCUGGAUGACAGUGACCUGGCCCUGUUUGUGGCAGCCAUCAUCUGCUGUGGGGAUCGUCCAGGCCUGAUGAAUGUCCCGUACAUCGAGCGGAUGCAGGAGAGCAUCGUCCAUGUGCUGCAGCUCCACCUACAGAAUAACCACCCAGACAAUACCUUCCUCUUCCCUAAACUGCUGCAGAAACUAGCUGACUUGCGUCAGCUCGUCACGGAGCAUGCCCAAUUAGUGCAGGAGAUAAAGAAAACUGAGGACGCAUCACUACAUCCUCUGCUCCAGGAAAUCUACAGAGACAUGUACUAAGGGAGACUCGUGUGCUAAUAAAUUGUAUGGGGUGUGGUGAAGGCGCAAGAGAACAAUGGAGCGGGUUUCGUCCUAAACCUUUUCUAACAAUUGAGGGCGAGGGCUUGUCUGACAACUCGGACAUUCAUUUGUUCCUAAAAAAAUGAGGAAAUGCUCUCAGGGGCCUCUGGAAUCUGUCCUUGUUAAAGAUUGAAGGGCUGCCAAUAAACCACUAUGCACAGGAGACAGUGGUGUCUAGAAAGUAAAUGCCAGCCAACUGUACAGGGAUGGAAAUCAGGUAGAGGGGUUUUCUUUAGAAAGGACCAGGGUCAGGACGGUCCUAAUUCACACUGCACUAAAUUUUCAUUGUACUUUUCUGCCUCGUGGUUUAUUAUACUUUCUAAAAAUGUAUACUAAUCAUCAUGAACUCCCGCAUGGGCUGAAGACUGUGAAAACAAGCAUACAAAUCAGAUUUGUUGAUACAGCAAUAUGCCUUUUAAACAGAAAUAAGGGUGCAUUUGCAUGACAGACUUGGUGAAGGCUUUGUACAUCCAAAACAUGCAGAAUGGUUGGUUGUUCAGCAAGAAUAGGAAGAUCUGCAUGAAAUCUGUAUUACGUACAGUAAAUGAGCACAAGCUAGUGAUACUAAGAGCAAGAAUUACACCACUAACAUCCAAGUGGGUUCAGUUCAGGUUAAGAGAAAAGAAACUACAGGGCUUGUAAAUGUGUUCUAUAAAGUCACAACAAGUGCGCCAAUUCAUGAUUAUUAUACACACAACAGUCAAAUGACUGUUCAUAAUCUUAAAAUAUUUGUGUCAUGAACGUUAGUAUUUUUUCCUGGAAUUGUAUGAAUCGGGCUGCUCAGUAAGAGUAAGGGUCAUGAGUUAGGGUCAGUUUGUGCCUCUGUUUUCUAAAUGUAAUAGAAAGGAUAAAGCUGAUACUGUGUCAGAAGUAUUACUAAGAUGUUUUAUUAUGCUGCCUCUGAUAUAUUUCCAAGGCGGUUUUAUUAACACCUGGUUAGUUUGCUUGGGUCCAAAAUCGUUUGCCAGAUGUUGGCUCAGUGUUUGUCAUUGCAUCAAUGACAGCCAGAUACUGAUCAUGGCACGCAGUGAAGCAAAAAUGUUACUACACUCCGUUUUGUAAGCUAGACUUGCUAUUUCACGAGUUGCUACAUUUUGCUAAAAAAAAAAAAAGAAAGAAAAGAAAAAAGAAAUUCAAAAAUGAUGACUGCGUCUGGCAGGUUGCGUUUUCAUUAGUAGCAAAACCACCUCAGCUCUUAAUAAAUUAGUGAUCACCCUUAGACUCUGCUACCUUUCCUUGGUCCACAUCUGGAUGGAACAUGUGUAACAUUAUUUGUCUUGGGCUUUUUUGUGCAGGUAUCCCAGCUUUUCACUGUUCUCAAGCAGCUACACAUCUGUCCCGUUUCCAAGAGAUGCUCUGCACCACAAAAUCCAGUACAAGCAUAUGUAUACUAAUAUCUUGAAACAAAACUCAUGUUAGCCUUUUUCCAGAUUUUACAGCUUGCAUUUCUGGCAUAAAGGUAGAACUUGAAGCUUAAUAAAGCAGGUCUUUUAGGGGUAUGGGUUGUUUGGGUUGUUGCAAGUUCUUAUUGCAGGAUCUUAUUUCUUUUUGGUGAAAUCUAGUGUCCUCCCUCCGUUUAGCCACAUGAUCUCCUCUGUAUUAGUGAAAGGGUUCUUGGGGCAUUGUGAAAUUCUUCCUGAAGGAAGGUUGAGGAUUUGAGUCGCUACAAUCUUGCCCACAGAAUCCUGAAUCUUGAAAUAGCUGGCUGGGGCAAGUCAAUGUUUUAAAUGAAUGAAAACACAAAACAGCCAAACUACGUUUAGAACAUGAAACGUGAAAGUUAUAGAAUGCUGAAAAUGCAUACUACUGAAACAUAUGUUUAAGUUUUGGUGAUGUUUUGUACCAUAAGGAAUCUUUGAUGGAUGUAUUUAUCAAGAAGACUUUUGGCAGAUCAGAAAAUGCCAAAUUUUUAAUAAAUAUUUUUGUGGUUGUUUGCUUAAUUAAUUAAUAAAUUAAUAGGUCUGGAGUGUUGAAACACUGUGACCAAAAGUUUGUGGAAACCUGCCCGUUACACCCAUACGUACUUGUUGAACAGCCCAUUCCAGAUUUAUUCCCCCUUUGCUGUUAUUAUGUCUACUCUUCUGAGAAGUCUUUCCACUAGAUUUUGGAGCAUGGCUGUGGGGAUUUGUGCUCAUUCAACCAUAAGAGCUUUAGUGAGGUCAGGCACUGAUGUUGGGUGAGGAGAACUGUGGUGCAUUCAAAUUCAUCCCAAAGGUGUUCAGUGGGGUUGAGGUCAGGGCUCUGUGCAGGACACUCAGGUUCUUCCACUCCAACCUUAGCAAACCAUGUCUUCAUGGAUGUCACUUUGUGCACAGGGGCAUUGUCAUGCUGGAACAGGUUUGGGCCUCUUAGUUCCAGUUAAGGGAAAUUUUAAUGCUUCAGCAUACAAAGGCAUUCUAUACAAUUGUGUGCUUUCAACUUUGUCGCAAAGUAGAGUAGAGUAAACUUUAUUGUCCCCUAAGGGAAAUUUGUCUUGGGCAUAGUGCUACAGUACAUUUCAUUGCUUCACAAAACAAGAUAAAAACACCAUCACAGGAAAACAUCAUUACAAGAACAGUUCUGUCACAUAAAACAAACAUGGACUACAUUUGACAAUGGCAGUACAAAAACGUUAGGCAAUUUAAAGUGAAGAAAAAGUGCUAGUGCUGAAGUGCCUGUGUGUUCAUUGCACGUUGCCCUAUUGCACUAGUUUUUAACAUUGUUCAACAGCUUAAUGGAGGCUGGAACAAAUGAUAAUUUGAGGCGGUUUGUCCUGCACUUUGGCAUUCGGAAUCUUCUUCCUGAUGGGAGAAGUUAAUUUUCAGAGGACAGUGGAUGAGUGGAAUCUGAAGAGAUUUUUGUUGCUUGUUUCAUGACUGACUGGUUGUACAAAUUCUCUAUGGACUCAUAUUGUUUCAUACCAGUUAUCUUCAUUGCUGUUUUGUGCAUGCUAGCCAACCUGUUUUUCAGUUGUACUGUUAGGUUACCAAACCAGGCUGUGAUUCCAUAUCUCAUGAGGCUCUCUAAGAUAGCUUUAUAGAAAAUUAGCAUGAUCUGGUUGCUAACACCAUACAGCCUCAGUCAUCUCAAAAAAUACAGUCUCUGCUGCAGUUUGUUGCACAAGUUGUCAAUAUGUGAUUUCCAGCAGAGAAGGUUAUCUAUAUGGACCCCUACGUAUUUGUAUGUGGCCACCUGAUUGAUUGAUAGUCUGGUCUUUAAUGACCACUGGCUCGUGUGUAGUCACUUGCCUUGGGUCAAGAACCAUCUCUUGUGUUUUUGCCACGUUUAAAAUCAGAUGGUUUUUGUCACACCACUUAAUGAAGGUGUUGAUCUCAUUGUGGUAUACAAAAGAGUCCAUGUCCUUAUGCAGAAGACUCACAAUUGCUGUGUCAUCUGUAAAUUUAAAAACGAAAUUAUUGGGAUGGACUUUCCUGCAGUCGUUGGUGUACAAUGUAAAAAGUAUUGGUGAAAGUACACAAGUUUGACGAAGAAGCACAUGCGCAUGUGUGAUGGUCGAGUGUCCACAAACUUUUGGCCAUAUGGUGUAGGUUGGGAAAUGGGUGGAAUAUAUGGUAGACGCUCUUUAAUUAAAUUUGUUUAUAGCUAAAUUUUAUUUAUUUAAUUUACAAUACAACGAGUAUGCAAUAGGAUGGAAGGAACAUGUUCAGUUGAUUUGGUUUAAAUGAGAUUUUAAAGUUUUAUAAGCUACAAUCUAUAUUGAAUAGCCUACAUGUGUGUCUGAAUCAGUUUGAGAAAACAGAAUGGGUCAGAGACAUCGAUAACUGCUUGAGACAAAUAAGUCAUGAAUACUUUAGAAAUUGUAAUAUGGCAAGAUAAUUGUUGUGCUAUUAAUAUUUCCAUGAUGCAGUAUCAGUAUGCAGCUAAGCCAGUGCUGUUGUGUUAAUUCCUCCUGCCUUUUUUCAGUAUGAACAUUUGCUUUUGGCAUGGACCUGGAUUAUACAUGCUUAUACUUGGUGCUUUUGAAUGUAGGCCUCCAUAUAUGUGAAAUAUUAAAUUCCUUGAGAGAUUAAUUUUCACCUACUUCAGGUGUCCCCUCAAUAGGGUGCAUCAGUUGUCCCCUAAAAAUGAAAAGUUCCUCCGAUCAUGAUGCAUUUUUGUUUUUAUGUUCCUUUUGGUAAGAAAACACACUGGGUGAAAUAUUUUGACAAAAUUCAAAAGUUUAAUGGUGGCACCAGGAGCUCAAAGUUAUGGAAAAAGCUGCUAUUUUAUGACUUUUAUGACAAAAUUUCAAUCACUUUUCAUGAAACAUUAUGGCACCUUAUAGAGUAUACCAAAUAUCUUAGAUACACAUUUUUAGUACAUAUUCUAAAUAUAUUAUCAAGCACAGUUUGAGUUUUAGCUGUUCAUUGAAUCAUUGUUCAACUACUUUUAAACAGUACAAAUGUAUUAUGAAUCACAUUAAUGCUUCUCAAUCCCUUGCAAAGGUUCUUAACAUGAUCUCUGGGUCACAAGAAAUCAAUAAAUGGAGUCCAACAUUGUGAUUCAAACCUUACGCGAAAACAUAAAAUAAGCGUUUUUUGGCAAAAAAUGAACCUCAUGGUGCCACCAUUACACUUUUGAAUAUGGUCAAAAAAUUUUACAGGAUGUCUUUAUUGGUGAAAAGGAACACCCAAACAAAAAUGCAUCAGAUUUUAUGAAAGUGAGGGCAACUGAUGCACCUUACCCCUCACACAUGAUACUCGGGUAUCAGGUAUUCAACUGUACCUUUAUAUUGUGUUUAUAGCACAUGAUUAGCAUGUAAACGGUCUUAACCACACAGGGGGGAAAAAAAAGAAAAAUCACUGAUGCAUAGCAAACCUUUAGACUAAUCCUUCAAGCUGGAUCUGAAAGCGUUGUCAGAAACGGACAGCUCUACAUUUGCAUUUAUGUUCACAAAUGCAGUCAUGGUGGCCAUAUUUCCUUUUAAAGGGACCUAAAUGCACUUUUUAACUUUUAUAUCAUAUGAUAAGUAUUUUGAAAUUGCAUUCGUAUCACCAACAUGGGUAGUGUGAGCACCAUAUUCAUUUGUAGUUGUUUUUAAUGGUGUAAUAUUUUUAUACUAAAUCAAGACUCUCUUUAUAUAUAAAAACAUUGUACAAUAAUUGGGAUUUAGUCAGAGUGGAAUUUAAAAUUAUGGAAUGGUUAGCAGAGUGUGCUGUCGCAAAGAGAAAUAUCUAUUUGAACAUGCUUAAUUCCCAGUCUUCUUUCUGUUUGUGCCACAGCACUGAGGAGAUUUACCCAUUUACCCAGGAAUGUAAAAAGUCUAUAGGUUUCGGAGUGUAUGAAUUCUUAGCCCAUGAGUUUAGUCUCAGGUAGAACCUCUGAAACAACAUGAAAACUUGAUAGUUAUAAUUUUUAAUAACUGAUAUCCUGACAUGUCAAGCCAGAAAAAUCAAGUGUCUGUUCCUGGAGCUUCCUGUGAACAGUAUAACUGUGUUGGCAGGAAUACUUCAGACAUUGUGUAACUCUGUAUAACCAUUGUAUGUAUUGAUUUUUGUUCAUGAUUUCUGAAUAAUUAAUUUGCUGUUUCAUUAAAGCACGUCAUUUCAGUAACAUAACCAUUUGUUCAGCAAUUUUAGCAACAUGCUGUAAAAUUACCCAAUCCUGCAUUUCCAGUGUUUAAUUGUAAUAGUGAAAAGGAUUGUCUUAAGACGAAUUGAGAGUUCAAUAAUCCUAAGUUCAAAUACACAUACUAUGACAAGACAUCAUGGUAUCACCAUAUGAUUAUUUAUUAUAAUGGCUGCGUUGGUAUACAAAUGUAUUUGUCAGUUUGGGUGUGAUUUUAUGCUAUUUAUACUUUAAGGAUUACAAAUACUGUAUAUCAGACAAGGUGGAGAAAAAUAAUCUGAUUUGAUUGGCUUUGUCAAACCUAAGCCAAAAGAAAAAUCCCUGUGCCUUAGCUACAGACUUUCUAAACAUUUGAUUAUUUCACAAUUUGUUGUCAAGAUUGCAUGCACAAUUUGAUAGCCCAAAUGUUGCAUUUCUGUUCAUGCUAUGCCAGUGACAAGAACUGAAAGAAUGUUGGCUUGGGUGUGGAAUUGAGUGCUUAGAGAAUAGUACUUUGACACUUUAUGGAUUAAAAUAAUAAUUGCACACAUGAAAAUUCCACUUUGCUUGGAUUAGAACUCAUAAUAUUUUUCGGAAGGGAUUUUUAACAAUACCAUAUCAGGGAAAAUGUGUUUUGAAGAAUUUGUUAGCACAGGUCAGAACUAGUUAGGCAACAGUUCUUUAGACAGCAGAAAACUUCUUUAAAAAGGCAACCCAUAUCCAUAUGCAAAAAUCUGUAAUUUUAUGACUUCUUUUCAGCAGAUUAAUAGGAUGUAAUUAACAAAACCCACACCAUCUGUAAACAUUAAAAAUCUAUUUGUAAAAUCCAAA